AUGCCCGCUUACUUCUACCACCUUAGCUUGCAACUCCUCUCCCACAGCCUAUCUGACGCGCCGAGCUCGCAGGGAUCUCCUGUCGCGCUACAGUCCGCAUGGGAAGCUCUCCAACCAUUCCAACAACGGAGCAGUUCACCGUCCAACCGCCCAUCACCCGCAGGGGAUAAUCCAACCCCGCCAACCCCAGACCACAUUUUGGCGCAUCGCCGUAAACCCAUAUCCAUCCUCUCCACCCACUCAACCACCCCACCGGGAACGACUCCCUCCGUCAACACUUCUAACGACUCUAACACCUCGUCCACUGGCUCCUCAACUAGCCCCACCCCACUUGAAGACGACAAGCGCUUCGGCGCCGUCUCCAUCGAGUGCAUUGACAUGGUCACUCCGAAGCAUCCGCCCAAACGCACCUCGAGGCGCGGCUCCGCACCCACCACAGAACCAGAGAACCUCGUCGCCGCAGGCAUCGGCACUGACAUUCUAGGCGGGCUCCGCACAAAAGGCCGUUAUAUCCCACUCGAUUAUGAGCUUGCCGACAGCAUCUGGGGAAUUGUACACCUGUACCGCGACUCGCAGGAGACGGCCUACCUCGGAAACGACGAUGAGUACCCCGCCUACCUGAAGGGCUCCUCAGCUGCGGCCCGGCAGCCUGUUGAGCAGCAGGCUACGUUGAGGCAGGGUCUAGCCGGUGCGGCUGAUGGUAAACGAUCUGGGACGAAGGGUCUGGCGGAAUAUCCUUUUCCUGUGACAAGUUCUUCCUCUGCGCAGAGUCCUGAUGAAGAUUGUACAACACUGUGUAUUCUCGCUGUGCCGUCUUAUCUGUCGCCGCCGGACUUUUUGGGGUUUAUCGGGCAGAAGACCAUGGAUGACGUUAGUCAUUUCCGGAUGAUUAGGACUGCGCGUGCGAAUCGGUAUAUGGUUUUGAUGAAGUUCCGGAGUGGGCGGAAGGCGAAGGAAUGGCAGAAGGAAUGGAACGGGCGCGUGUUCAAUAGCAUCGAGCCCGAGACCUGCCAUGUUGUGUUUGUGAAGACCGUCGAGAUUCAAGUCGUGGAUUCCGGAACACCAUCUGCUGAGAACGGCGCUGUCUCCUCUAACCACUCGACCCCCUCUCGGCCGCCUGUACCAUCUACCGGACAAGCAACUCUAACCGGCAAACCUCUGGCACCACCUACGCCUGCUCUAAUCGAACUACCGACCUGUCCGGUCUGCUUGGAGCGGAUGGACGAAACCACGGGGCUCCUAACAAUAAACUGCCAACACGUCUUCCACUGCACCUGUCUCCAAAAAUGGAAAGGCAGCGGUUGCCCCGUAUGCCGAUAUACACAAGACGACUACCGCAAAAGCAACGCCUCGCUCAAACCAGGCGAAGAACCCCAAGAAUGCAGCAUCUGCCACUCAGAAGAAAACCUCUGGGCCUGUCUAAUCUGCGGCGCGAUCGGCUGCGGCCGCUAUGACAACGCCCACGCCUUCGCCCACUGGAAAGAAACAGCCCACGCCUUCUCUAUGGAUCUCACCUCCCAGCGCGUAUGGGACUACGUAGGCGACGCCUACGUCCACCGCAUCAUACAAAACAAAACAGACGGCAAGCUCCUCGAGCUACCCGCAGCAGACUACAGCGCCCUCGACCCACCAGACUGGGGCGACGCCGUCCCCCGCGAGAAACUAGAAAACAUGAGUGUCGAAUACACACACCUCCUCACCAGCCAACUUGAAAGCCAGCGCGCAUACUUCGGAGAAGUCGUCGAGCGCGCCGUCGACAAAGCAUCGCAGGCUAGUGCUGCCGCCGCCGUGGCGGAAGUCAAUGCUUCCAGCGCCACGUUGCGUCUCGAGGAAUUACAGGAUAAGUAUGAUGUUAUGACUAUUGAGACGUUGCCGUCGCUUGAACAUGACCGCGCCCGCGCGGAGAAAAAAGCGGAGAAAUUCGAGGCCCUGGCACGCUCGUUUGAAAAGGGGUUUCAGGAGGAGAAGGCUAUGAAUCGGAAUAUGAUGUUGAGGUUGGAAGGUCUUGCUAAAGAGGUUGAUAUGCUUAAGGCUGCAAAUGCGGAUCUCGCGGAGCAGAAUCGUGAUUUGACGUUCUUUAUCAGUGGCACCCAGAGGUUGCAGGGGCAGGGUGAGGAUGUUGAGCAGGGGACUGUUUCUGUGCCUGAGCCGUCGGCUGCUUCGAAGAAGAAGAGGAAGGGGAAAGGGAAGAGGUAG